AUGGCUAUACACAGGGCUCUCGCGCUGUCUGCGAGGCGCAGCCUCCGACAUAAGGGCCCUUGUCUGUUGACAUCACCCCAUGCUGAAACACGACGAUUCUCUUCAUCACCGCUCUCCGACAUCGCACGGGUUGCUCACCAAGAGUCUUUUGCUUAUGGUGCAAACGAUGAAGUCGCACGUCUCGCAGCCAGUCGUCGCCGACCGCUGACUCUGGCAGACCUGCUGAAACAUGGUCGCCCGCCUUUAUCCAAGGAAGCACUUCUCGCCUCCGCAAACUACACCCUUUCCCUCCUCCCCGCACGACUCGCCUCUCGAAUUGAAGCCCUUCGGAACCUUUCCUUCAUUGUCGUCUCGAAUCCACACAUCUCCAAAAUCUACAACAACUAUCUCCACUCGCUUUCCACUCUCCUGCCUUACCAGCAGCGACAGGUCACGACCCUCGAAGAAGAAAACCAGUUCGCCGAGGUGUUGGCCGAUCUGGUGCACACGCACACCAACACGAUCCCCAUCCUAGCGCGCGGCUUUCUCGAGUGUCGCCGAUACAUCGACCCCACGGAAGUGACUCGCUUCCUGGAUACCCACCUACGGGCGAGAAUUGGCACUCGGCUCAUCGCAGAGCAGCAUCUUGCCCUUCAUUUUGCGUCUCAGCCAGUCAGCGACGUGGACACUGGCAACCAACCGGCGCCCCAAAGCACAACUCCCUCGAAUUACAUCGGCGUCAUUGACACGGCGUUGCAGCCCGCCCGCAUCGUCAAACUCUGCGAGGACUUCGUCGGGGAGAUCUGCGAGCUGAAAUACGGCGUCCGUCCCCGCCUCCAGAUCGGCGGCCAGCCCGACGCUACCUUCGCCCAUGUCCCCGUCCACAUAGAAUACAUCAUCACCGAGCUCCUCAAGAACGCCUUCCGCGCCGUAAUUGAAGCUGGUAACGAGCGCGACCCGAUCGAGGUCACGAUCGUCGCAGCCCCCGACGUCCCCCGUACGCAUGGGCGCGGUGACUCUCCCUCCCCCACCCCCGAUGGCUCCUCCACGACGCAAUCGGACUCCGACGUCGGCUUCCAGAUGGACACGGUGGUCGGCACCGCGGACGCCAACGAAUCGAUCAAAGUAUCCGCGCCGUCGUCGCAGAGCAUUACGAUCCGGAUCCGCGAUCGCGGCCACGGCAUCCCGCCCGAAGUCCUGCCAAACAUCUGGUCGUACAGCUUCACCACCUUUUCGGACCUCGACCUGCAGGGCUCCGAGAACGGGAACAUGGAUGCCUUCAAUGCCAUUUCGAACAAUAGCGGUCAGCUGAGCAGCAUCGCCGGUCUAGGGUACGGGUUGCCGUUGAGCAGAGCCUACGCGGAGUACUUUGGGGGCAGUAUUGCGGUUCAGAGUCUCUGGGGUUGGGGUACCGAUGUGUAUCUGACUCUCCAGGGUGUUGGAAAGGUUUGA